AUGGGGUGCGGUGUCACAAAAACCAGCGAAUUCAACAGAAAAUUUGAUAAAGAUGGAAAUGUCAUCCCAGCAGCCAUAACAAUGAAGGCCGCGGUGCUGAUCCAGCGCUGGUACCGACAGUACGCGGCUCGCAUGGAAAUGAGACGCAGAUACACCUGGAACAUCUUCCAGUCCAUGGAGUACGCUGACCUUCAAGACCAGAUCAAAUUAUACAAUUUUCUCGGUUACCUCAUGGAUAACUUCACUCCAUCAAGCAGCGAACGAAAGCUGAUCUCGCAUAUCUUCCGAGAAAAUGAGGUUUGCAGAGAUGCUGAGUGGGAGAGAUACUUCAGCUACACCAAUAUCGAUGUGCCAGACAUCUACUCUGGUCCACGGCUGACCUUUCCUUUAGAUAUGGAUCAAGCUGCUGAUCUUGUGGAGGCCUUUAAAAACAAACAACAGCAGCUGCACUCUCGUUACGUUCUUCAGCUUCUUCUGGAAACAUGGAAGUUGCUCAAAGUGUUGCCAAAUAUCAACCGAGUCUCUACAUGCCAUAGCAAGGAAAUAACCAUUUGUGGUGAUUUGCAUGGACAAUUAGAAGACUUGCUACUAAUAUUUUACAAGAAUGGAAUGCCGUCAUUGGAGAAACCCUAUGUUUUCAAUGGAGACUAUGUGGACAGAGGCAAAGACUCCAUAGAAGUCCUGCUCAUAUUGUUUGCUUUUCUGCUUGUGUUUCCCGGAGAUGUUUAUCUCAAUCGAGGAAACCACGAAGAUCACAUCAUUAAUUUGAGGUAUGGCUUCACCAAAGAAGUACUGAACAAAUACAAGCUGCAUGGAAAGCGUAUUCUGAAGUUGCUCCAGAAAAUCUUCAGCUGGUUGCCUUUGGUGACAGUAAUUGACCAGCGGGUGCUGAUAGUCCAUGGAGGAAUCUCAGAUACCACCGAUCUUGCUCUGAUAGCUCGAGUGGACAGACACAGAUACGUGUCCGCUCUGAGGCCCCCGAAGAAGAAGACUCCAUCACGCACUAACGUUUACGCCGAUUCAGUGCGCUACGAUGAGAUGAUCAUCUGUAAGAACAGGAGAGGCUCGCUGACCUUUCCCAAACCGUUUGCUGCUCGGGAAAGUUUUCAAAGACGCUCCCUUCAAGACUUCUCAAGCACCGUGGCUCGGACGCUUGAGGAGGAGUUCGAGGUUCGCUGUAGACAAGCGGAGUUCAGCCUGUCGGGUUUCAGCAGGUCUCAACGCAUUCUGGGCUCUGCUCUGUCUUCUGAAUCUGAACCAGAAUCAUCAGAGUUCACAGACACCGCCGAUGACGAGUGGAAACAGAUUUUGGAUCUGCUGUGGAGUGACCCCAUGUCUCAUGAUGGCUGCAUUCCCAACGAGGUCCGUGGCGGAGGCUGUUAUUGGGGUCCUAAUGUCACAGAGGGCUUUCUGAACAGGCACAACCUCCAACUCAUCAUCCGCUCACACGAGUGCAAGCAGGAUGGAUACGAGUUUUGCCACAAUCGUAAGGUCCUGACCCUUUUCUCAGCAUCUAACUACUAUGAGGUUGGCAGUAACAGAGGAGCCUUCGUCAGGCUGGGUCCAGAUCUCGUGCCUUACUUUGUUCAGUAUCAAGCCACCAGUAUGACCCGAGGACUGAGCUUUCCACAAAAUGUAAAACGCACAGAACACACGGCUCUCAAAGUCCUACGAGAGCAACUGUUUGUGCACAAGACAGAUCUCCUCAGUGCCUUUCAAGAGAUCGAUAAGGAGAACACAGGACUGAUCUGUUUGAACGACUGGGCGAGUGCCAUCGAGCGAGUUCUUCACCUGGAUCUGCCCUGGCAAGUGCUUCACCCUCAGCUCGUGUCCAGCACCACCGAUGGGAAGCUGGACUACCACGGCUGGUUCCGUGACCUUGCCCUCAAAAAGCCCAGUUCUGAGCACAUUGAGCAGACUAUGCUGGAGACGCUGUAUAGACAUCGCUCCACGCUGGAGACCAUUUUCAGAAUAGUGGACACAGAUAACUCAGGUCUGAUCACUUUUGAGGAUUUCCGUCAGACGUUGAAACUGCUCAGUGUCUAUCUGAAAAUGGAGAUCUCUGACGAGGUCAUCAACGAGCUGGUUAUCAGCACGGACACAAAUAAUGACGGUAGCAUUGACAUCGAUGAGUUCAUGGAGGCGUUCCGGCUGGUGGACAAAAGCAGACUCGAGAGAGGCAAAAGCCUGCUGAAGCUGAUUCAGGACAACCAGAGCCUUCUUCAGGAGACAGAGACCCCACAGACCGUCGCCUCUACAGCUCCACAGACUUCACGGUGUCCGGCUUCACAGCCUGCAGAUCCACCGGCUUCAAAUGCUACAGACCAUGCACGCUCACGGACCGCAAGGCCUCCGGUUUCACAGAGCGCAGACUCUCCUGGUUCACUCGCUGAAGACUGCCUGGCUUCACAGAGCGAAGAUCUCUGCCACAUUUCUCUUGUUGUCCCACCACAGUAACUGCUGUCAAAUGACUCUGUUGUAGACCUUAGCCUUCCCUAGGUAUUUAAAGCUCAAGAUGAAACUUUUAAUAGAUGUUAAUCGUCCUCUCUUAACCAAAUAUACUUCAGGUACAGGUUUCAGAUACACCUUGACGUUGAGUGACCAGUCACACGUGUUCUCUGUGCUUCAUUACAUAAGCUGCGAGAUUUAUAUUGCGGCAAUUUCUGCUUUUGUUUUUAUCUCACUGACAACUGGUCCAAGAUAAAAAAA